AUGUCUGCGCUCCUCACAACCAUCGGUCUCCGCGCCGCCCCCGGCCAAACAGCCGCCAACCACGCCGCCGGCUUCCUCAUCGCCAACUGGGUCUGGGCUUUCUGCCUCACCAGCAACCGCGGCGCCAAGGUCCGUCUCGGUAUCGAUAACAAUGUCUGUCCCCGCGAGGAUUUGACCACUCUCGGCGAGGCGGCCGUGCAAGCCGGCAAAAUCAGUCGCAACACUCUCAACAAGCUGAAGCGUCGCGAGGCUGCCCACGAGAACGCUCAGGAAGGAUACCCCUUGUUCGUGGCCGCAAUUCUGAUUUCGCUGUUCGCCGGUGUUCCCAACGAGACGAUCAACACAAUUGGGCUUUGGUAUUCGAUCUCCCGUAUCGCAUACAGUGUUCUGUAUGCGAAGAUUACCAGCAAGCCUACGAGCUUCCUUCGCUCUGUGGCUUGGUGGUCAGGCAACAUCAGCUGCAUCUAUGGACUGGUCCAGGCCAGCAAGAAGUUGUAG